UUUAAUAAGUUUUAAAUGUAGUUAAGUGAACUUUAGUACAAAAAGUAUAUAGUUAAAAUUAUUAUUUAACUAAAUAUUAUUUUACCGUAGAUAAUUGAGUUAUGUUAUUUCACACAGUUUUUAAAAUCAUUGUAAUUAUUGAAUUGUUUGUUAAACCAUUUAAAUUGUCUAAUGCAAUAGAGACUGGUUAUCCGUAUGAUGUAGAACCCGCUUACAGUCUUCGAUAUUUAAAAUGUUCAUACUUAUACAGUGGUUUAAAUCAUCUGGAACUAUCUAUAUCAAAUAUAAAAGUGUGUUCAAAUAACUCAAAAUUACCCAAAGCUAUCUUCACUUCAUCUAGGUAUGCUUAUGUAGUUAGUAAACAACUAAGUUCGAUAUAUGGUAUUAAUGGUAUCGAAAUUGGUCCUUUGUGGCUAUUAAAUGCUUAUACGAAUAUUGUUGAUGUUAAUAUUUUUGUACAUUCUAAGACAUCUAAGUUGGCAAUUAAUUCCUUAAUACUUGAAAACAUAUUAAAAACCUGUGAUUAUAUUGCAAGUAAGUAUAAACAAGAUAUCAUUAAUAACAAUUGUCGAAAAGACAGUAUUUAUCAUAAAAUAUAUGAUAAGGAUUUUAAAGAUUUUAAAUCAUAUAAAGGUUACACCAUAUCAAUUAACCAAAAUUGUCAUAAAAUGGAAUUUAUGGUAGACAGAAACAAUAUAUAUACUAAACUUAAAUUGGAUAAUAUAGACAUGUUUAAUAGUCACAAUAUAUUGUUGAGAAAAUUAGGAAACAAUUCGGAAACAAUUAAAAAUCUGCAGCAUACGUUUAACGUCCGAGUGAUGUGGGGAAAAUCUGACUCAAAAAUAGUACACUACUAUAACAAACUUCAUGAACUUACUUGGAAUGAAGACCAUCUAUUACCAUUCAAAGUGUACUAUACAUCCAUUUUUGAUUUCUUACAAAUUAUCAUGUUGAGGUUAACUCGUAAGCAUUUCAUGUAUCUAAUGCAUCAAAAAGUUGAGUAUAUUCAAGAUUUUACUAUACGAUGGUUAGAAAUACUUGAAGAAUUUGUAACAAUUUUGCAUCCCGAAAAUGUUUUAUACAUUUUUACUAUUAAAUCAAACAUUGAGUACUUUGUUCGAGAUUUUCCUAAGAUAGGAAACUCUGUUGAUUUAGAUAAUCUUACAUUCUAUUUUAAUAAUUUUACGAAUAAAUUAAUUCAUCAAUUAGACAUGUUUGCAUUCGAACUUUGUAAAGAUUUAGAAUGUAAUGCCAAUACACCAAUAGAAUUGAAUGGGAAAGAGCUUUUUACAAUAAACCAAAAUGAUCAACGACGUUUCAUGCAACACAACCUUAAAUCUAAUACAACAGUUGAAGUAUUUAGUAUUGAAAAUACAAAAGAGUAUAUUAAAUUUAUUAAAACCAUUUUCAAUGGAUUUGAUUUUAAUAUUAUUCGAUCUUUCAUGAAUUAUAUUGACGAAAUAAGUCAAUACAAAUUAUUUUAAUUCUUAAUGUAGAUAUUAUAUAAGUAUAAUAAUAAA